AAAUACUCAUGCUGUCAGAGUGGAACAAAGGUGAAAAAAAGAGUGUUGCAAUGAUCCUCCGAAGCAACGAACAGAUCCGCCACACAGAGUUACUGUAAAUGCCAAACAAUUCCAGAACAAAAAGAGGAUCCGAAGAGCUUUCUUUUUAAGUUUCCUGGAGCUACACAGUUGAUUCCAAUGGAAAAUGCCAGGAAAUCCCUUGAUGUGUUCUCAACUUCCCUUUCAAAAUGCAUAUCAGCCUGUGGUUCUAUGACACAGCAGCUCUUACCACGUUGGCCUCAGCACUCCAGACCCUUCAGGGUCAUCAACUCUGACCGCUCUAUUAAGAAAGGCAUCAUGGCAAAUGCUGAGGACCUAAAGAACAAGGUGAUUGAUAUAUUCCACAUGCAUUGCAUGAGGGCUUUAGUGUUGGAUGAGGAUGGAACUGGAGUGGAUACGGAGGACUUUUUUCAAACCUUAAAAGACAACACUGUCCUAAUGGUCUUAGGGGAAGGACAGAAGUGGGCUCCACAGCAGGUCAAAACACCUUCGGAUCAGAAGAAAGUAGGAAGGAAACAAUCAACCAAGAGCUAUCCUGGAUGUGGCUGGAAAAAAACAAGGAAAGAUGUUGCCAAACUGACUUUUGAUCUUUACAAAAAUCACCCGCAGGACUUUAUUGGCUGCCUGAACGUGCAGGCGACACUGUAUGGAAUGUAUUCUGUGUCGUACGACUUGCAGUGCUACAAGGCGAAAAGAAUGCUACGGGAAGCUCUAAGAUGGACUCUCUUCACUAUGCAGACUACUGGCCAUGUUUUAGUAGGAACCUCGUGUUAUAUUCAGCAUCUCAUCGAUGAGGAUGAGAAGACAGAUGCACAUCUGAUAUCUCCUGCAUGCAUCAUCAAGGAGUUACAUCAUUAAACCACGGCUAGGGCAAACUGACAAGAGUGCACCGCUUGUUGAUUUAAUGCUUUAUAAAAUGUGUAUUUAAAUGAGUUAUUAUUAACGUCUAUGUAAACAGCUAAAUAUGCAGUUAACAAUGUUUGCAAAAAAAAAAAUGUUUAACGUUAUUUAUCCUCACAAAAAUGUAAACGCGGCUCUUCCAUGUGAGAGGUUACACCACUCUUGAAUUUUCAAUUACACAAACACGUCUAGGGGGACGCAAGGUUACAUGUGGUUUGCCACUGAAAGGAAGAACAGCUGUCCUUCCUGUCUCCCUUAGGCAUCUUACAGUACGGAUAUUGCAGUUUAUUGCUCUGGCCACAUCUGAGUCAGCGGGCCUCUUUAAUGUCUAUGGUUUGAUGUAUAAAAAGUGUGAAAAUAUUGACUAAAUUAUCUUUAAAAUACAUUAUUCUGAAAAGGGA